AUUUUCUAUUGGGUUGAUUGCCUUGUGAGCAUCAUGACGACGUCCAUUUUCGCAGUAAAAUGGUACGUCUACACGGACCACAGCCUUCCUGAGUUAGCCAAUGAUCCGGUCAAGCAACAAGAGCAUGACGACGUUUUUCGCAUGGAAGGCAUUGUUAGUAUCAUCAUGUUGGUUGCACUUCGCAUGAUUCAUAUUUAUUUUGCCGUAGUGUUAACGUCAUAUUAUAAGUCGAUCGGUAGAGCACACUAUUCAAAAUUAGCCGCUGCAGUCGACCAAGAUUUGGAUGACAUUGAUUACAGCAUGUCCUCCCACAGCGAAACAAGAGAGCGCCAUCUGUCAGCAUAG